AUGUUGUAUCACACAACAUGGUUGGUGGCAAAAUUAGAUCCCAUCAAGUAUAUUUUUGAAAAACCCUUCCUAUCUGGAAGAAUAGCUCGAUGGCAAGUGCUAUUGUCUGAGUAUGAUAUUGUGUAUGUGUCCCAAAAGUCAAUCAAAGGGAGCGUCAUCGCUUAUUUCCUCGCAGAUCGAGCUAAUGAGGAUUAUGAAUCUAUAAGUUUUGAUUUUCCAGAUGAAGAGUUGAUGGUCGUCUUGUGCAUAGAAAAAGGCCUUCCCAAUGAAUUUAAUCUAUGGAAGAUGUAUUUUGAUGGAGCAUCCAAUGCUUUGGGGCACGGAAUCGGGGCAGUGUUGAUUUCUCCAAAUGGAAAGUACUAUCCAGCCACGGCGAGAUUGAAUUUCAAUUGUACUAAUAAUAUAGCGGAGUACGAGGCAUUGGUAAUGGGAUUACAAGCAGCAAUCGAGAUGAAGGCUGACAUGAUAGAUGUUUAUGGAGAUUCGGCUUUGAUUACUGAUGCUUUGGCCACUCUCGCAGCAAUGUUCGGAAUAAAAGAAGCGGAUGAUGUAUGCCCUUUUGAGUUAGAAGUCCGUGAAGUCUCCUCACACUGCUUGAAUGUUGAGGAAGAGGUUGAUAGUAAGCCGUGGUAUCAUGAUAUCAUGCAAUACAUCAAGCACCAGGCAUAUCCUGAGAAUGUCAUAGACAAUGACAAGCGAACUCUUAGAAGAUUAGAAAUGGAUUGCAUAAACUUCGUUCGAAAGUGCCAUAAGUGUCAGAUUUAUGCAGAUAGGAUCCAUGCUCCACCAGCCCCAUUGCACGUUUCCACGGCCCCUGGGCCAUUUUCAAUAUGGGGAAUGGACGUGAUUGGGCUUAUUACACCAAAAGCCUCAAAUGGACAUCGAUUCAUAUUUGUGGCCAUUGAUUAUUUCACGAAAUGGGUAGAAGUAGCUUCUUAUGCCAAUGUGACACAAAAGGUGGUGUGCAAGUUCAUCCAAAAAGAUAUCAUAUGUCAGUAUGGGCUGUCGGAAAGGAUCAUUACUGAUAAUGCAAGCAAUUUGAAUGGUGCGAUGGUGAAGGAGGUUUGCGCUAAAUUCAAGAUCAAGCAUCAUAACUCGAUAACUUACCGUCCGAAGAUGAACGGAGCGGUAGAGGCAACCAACAAAAAUAUCAAAAAGAUUGUCGAAAAGAUGAUUGAAGUUUAUAAAAACUGGCAUGAGAAACUUCUUUUUGUCUUGCACGCAUAUCGAACUUCUGUGCAUACCUCCACUGGGGUAACUCUGUACUCAUUAGUAUAUGGUACAGAAGCAAUUCUACCUGUUGAAGUAGAAAUCCCAUCACUGAGGGUGUUGAUGGAAACAGAAUUGGAAGAUGCUGAGUGGGUCCGCUCCCGCUACGAACAAUUGAAUCUGAUUGAGGAAAAAAGGCUUGCGGCUUUUUGUCAUGGCCAGAUGUACCAACGAAAGAUGAUGAGAGCAUACGAGAAAAAAGUUUGUCCCAGGCAGUUUCGAGAAAGAGAGUUAGUCCUCAAGAGAAUACUCCCUAAUCAAACUAAUUUUCGAGGAAAAUGGAUGUCAAAUUGGGAAGGGCCAUAUGUGGUAAAGAAGGCUUUUUCAAGAGGAGCUUUGAUUUUGGCUGACAUGGAUGGGAAGGAUUUGCCUAAUUCGAUAAAUGCGGAUGCGGUGAAGAAGUACUACGUUUAA